AUGUUGCCGCCACGGCUGCUGCUCCGUCUGCGGCGGCCCAUGCAUCUGAUGGAGCUGCGCAUCCUUCUGCUCUGCCUGCCGACCCUGCUGCUGGCCACAACCCUCGAGCCAGAUCAAAAGUCCGUGCUCACAGACAACGACUGGAAGAAGCUAUGGAUGCGCGGCGGCAUAAGCGGCGACUCGAAAUUGGACAACAGUCUCGACUCCAGCGACAGUCCCAUGUUCGAGGACAGCGAGCUGAUGGCGCACAACACCACCGUCCAGCUGGGUGGCACCGCCUUUCUCGUCUGCAAGGUCUCCGGCGUGGAUAGAAACCAGAUCUCUUGGAUCCGUCGCCGGGACUGGCACAUCCUCUCGUCGGGGGCCCAGCUGUACACCAACGACGAGCGCUUCGCGAUACUCCACACGCCCGGCUCCAACAUGUGGACGCUGCAGAUAAAGUUUGUGCAGCGGCGGGAUCACGGCAUGUACGAGUGUCAGGUCUCGACACCGACUGGCAUCAUUUCGCACUUUGUGAAUCUCCAAGUGGUCGUGCCGGAGGCCUUCAUCCUCGGCUCCGGCGAGCUGCACGUCGACAUGGGCUCUACAAUCAAUUUGGUUUGCAUUAUUGAGAAGAGCCCCACACCACCGCAGUACGUGUACUGGCAGAAGAACGAUCGGCUCAUCAACUACUACGACGCCAGGCGGGACAUCUCCAUAGAGACCACACCGGGGCCGCGCACCCAGAGCCGGCUGAUCAUCCGCGAGCCCCAGGUCACCGACUCGGGCAACUACACGUGCUCGGCCAGCAACACGGAGCCGGCUAGCAUCUACGUCUUCGUCUCGAAAGGCGACAAUAUGGCGGCCAUCUCCAGGCGGAAGACCUCCUCGGCGGAUCGCCUGGCGCACAUAUUUAGGUCGAUGCUGGCGCCCUGCCUUCUGCUGAACACUGUUGUUGUGAGACGCAUCUUCCUGACCUAAGCGCCUCCCAGGGCGGUGGAUACGGGGCGGAGGGCUCGCAAAACAUCCUAUUUAAGCUAUUUCAGUGUUAGAAAGGAAACCCAAAGAAGGCAACAACCAAAGCUAGAAUAAUUGCUAACUUAAGCAACUGAAGCGCCCCCGAGGGCGGGGCAAUCAAGUGUAAAAAUCAUGCAAAAACCAAUCACAGACGAGCUGCAUUUAGCCGGACUCGCUUGGACAGCCCAGGAGCGUUUAGAUAAGCCCUAGUUUAGUUGAUAAACUCACUUCCCCGUUGAUUGUGUACAGUAUGUUGACGAAUUUUGAUAUAUGAUUAGGUUCCACCCACCCCCAUCCCCCCAUCCCCCCAGCACCGUCCCCUUCCUCUGUGCGAGUCCGGAUCGGCAUCACCCUCUCGUAUGGUAACGAAAAUUUGCAUAAGUAGACAAUUUCAGUCCAUUCAAAGCAAGGCAUACACAUAUGUAUCCAUGUAUCUGUGUAUCUGUGUAUGCGUAGACAUUAAAACGCCAUUAUAAAUGUUACUAAUUGAACAAGAGGGCAGGGGGCACGUCCAGCCCGGAGGGAAGACAUCAGCAUCAACAAUCUGCAAUAAAUAAUUGUGUUAUUAAGUUUGUAAAUAAAUUCCAGAGCAAAAGGCACACCAGGACGCCAGGACACACAGCCAUAUUAAAUUGUGUACAUAAAAAACAGGAAAAACCAAAAGGCAGGACUGAAAAUCAGAAAAAAAAAAUUGGAGUUUGGUGGGCCAAGGAGGGGGCAAGAACUCAUGGAUAGUACAGUCCCCCCCACCCCCCUAACCACCUCUCGACUGUCCACACGAUAUAUAUCGGCAAUCCGACUUAACCAAAAAAACAUAACCAACAUUCGUUCAGUGUCAGUGUACGUAAUUUACAAAAGAUUAACCUGUUAGGAGAUACUAAUUGAAGUUUGAAUAGAUUUCUUAGCGUAAAGUAGCUUGGAAGAUAUUCAGAUACA